AUGGAGUUAUUGAGCAUGUGGUUUCAUGUGUUGACUUGUCUCCAUCUGCGCAUAAGUGAUAGUACAAGUGUAUAUACGCGCACUGCCGCCCCACGCCCACACGCCGACACCACCCGUCGCCCCACGCCCACACCGCCGCCGCCCCCCACGCCGCACGCGCCGCCGCCCCACGCCACACCGCCGCCGCCCCACGCCCACACCGCCGCGCCCCCACGCCCACACCGCCGCCCCCCCCCCGCACCCGCCGCCCCCCACACCGCCGCCGCCGCAACCCCACGCCCCACACCCGCCGCCGCCCCCCAACCCCACGCCCGCCGCCGCCGCGCCCCCACACCGCCGCCGCCGCAACCCACGCCCCCACACCGCCGCCGCACCCCCACGCCCCACACACCGCCGCCACGCCCCCCCCCCACCGCCGCCAAACCCACAACCCCAACAUAUAUAAACCUCAUAGGUUCUCAGCCUCAAAUGACCUCGGAUUCAGGAUCCAUGGCGGAGGAUGAGUCGUUCUCGGAAGCUGAACAGAGACGGCGGAGGAGGAACAAGUUGAUGCGUUACGAGCCAUCCCUUGGCACCGGGAAGAGGGUCACUUCCGGCUCGAAGCCUGGCGAAGGGGAGACCCCAACCGGCUGUGGAUAA